UGGAGAGGCUGCAGUGAGCUGGCUCUGGGUGCAGAAGCAGAAGAGGAGACGCGAUGGUUACACCGGCCCAGCCCUUGUGUGCGAGCUGCGGCCGGACCGUGCAGCCCCUGCCAGCAUGACUGAGCCCUCUCUGCGCCCCCACUGUUCGGUGCUCAGCUGCUUUGGUGAAGAGCCCCCCAGUCUGGAAUAUAUCCAAGCCAAGGAUUUGUUCCCACCUAGGGAACUGGUGAAAGAGGAGGAUAAGUUACAGGUACCGUUCCAAGUGCUGCCAGGAGAGAGCGUGGAGUAUUUAGGAAGUGCAAACGAUGCAGUUAUAGCCGUCUCCAACUACAGGCUGCACAUCAAGUUCAAAGACUCUGUCAUCAAUGUGCCUUUAAGGAUGAUCGAGACCGUGGAGAGCCGUGAUAUGUUCCAGCUGCAGAUUAUAUGCAAGGACUCCAAAGUAGUCAGAUGUCACUUUUCCACCUUCAAGCAGUGCCAGGAGUGGCUGAAGAGACUGAGUAGAGCCUCAGCACGUCCAAUCAAACAAGAAGAUCUGUUUGCAUUUGCUUACCAUGCAUGGUGUCAGGGGAUCUGCACAGAUGAUGAAGAGCACCAUGUUCACCUCUGCCGCCCAGGUGACCAUAUAAAGGAUCGCUUUCAGAUGGAGCUGUUGCGAAUGGGUUUCGAUAUGCAGAAUGCCUGGCGAGUAUCUGAUAUCAACCACAACUACAAACUGUGUCCAAGUUACCCACAGAAGCUCCUGGUCCCAGUCUGGAUCACCGACAAGGAGCUUGAGAAUGUUUCUUCUUUCAGAUCAUGGAAAAGAAUUCCUGUUGUGGUGUACAGACAUGCAAGGACAGGAGCAGUGAUAGCCCGUUGUAGUCAACCCGAGAUCAGCUGGUGGGGCUGGCGCAAUGCUGAUGACGAGUAUUUGGUCACUUCCAUUGCAAAGGCCUGUGCACUCAAUCCAGGCGGACGUGCUGCUACUGUGAACUUCAACAACAAAAGUAGCAAUGACGGAAAUGAAAAUGGAGACACCGACUUUGACUCUUCUCUAACUGCCUGUCCUGGUAUUGAGGGGAGCGGGGCACCUCAGAAACUCUUAAUCCUAGAUGCUAGAUCUUACACUGCUGCAGUUGCAAACAGAGCCAAAGGUGGAGGCUGCGAAUGUGAAGAGUACUAUCCAAAUUGUGAGGUUGCAUUUAUGGGAAUGGCUAACAUUCACUCCAUCCGGAAUAGCUUUCAGUACCUGCGAGCUGUGUGCAACCAAGUGCCUGACCCAGGAAACUGGCUAUCAGCAUUGGAAAGCACUAAGUGGAUGCAGCAUCUUUCUGUCAUGCUGAAAGCUGCCACGGUUGUGGCCAACGCAGUGGAUCGCGAAGAGCGUCCGGUUCUGGUUCACUGCUCAGAUGGCUGGGACAGAACGCCACAGAUUGUAUCCCUCGCAAAGCUCCUCUUGGAUCCAUAUUACCGAACGUUGGAGGGGUUCCAGGUCUUGGUUGAGACAGACUGGCUAGAUUACGGCCAUAAAUUUGGGGAUCGCUGCGGUCAUCAGGAAAAUGCUGAAGAUCAAAACGAACAAUGUCCUGUCUUCUUACAGUGGCUAGAUUGUGUCCACCAGCUUCUCCAUCAGUUCCCAUGUCACUUUGAAUUCAACCAUGCAUUCUUGGUGAAGUUGGUGCAGCACACUUAUUCGUGCCUCUACGGAACUUUCCUCUCUAACAACCCAUGUGAACGAGAGACGCGGAACAUCUACAAGAGAACUUGUUCAGUUUGGUCCCUAUUGAGAACUGGUAACAAGAACUUUCACAAUCUACUGUACAUGCCUGGUGGCGAGAUGGUUUUGCACCCAGUUUGCCAUGUUCGGGCUCUCCAGCUAUGGACUGCUGUAUACAUUCCUGCAUCUUCACCUUGUAUGCCUAUUGAUGAUGGGAUGGAGCUCUAUCUUUCCCCAUCUUCCCAAGGACCAGACUUUAAUUCUCGAUCACUAGACAGAUUACCCAAAACACGCUCGAUGGACAAUCUUGUCACUGCUUGUGACAGUGGGGGGCUACUCACACGCACUUCUAGUGACCCCAACUUAAACAAUCAUCAAGCUAGCUUGGAGUCGCGAUGCAGCAAUGAUGAUGGUAGUGAUUCAGAAAGUCAGGGUCCUCUGGAGCAAGCCACAGAUGUCAAAACCAAGGAAGAUAAGGCACGGGACGAUCAUAAUGUCAGCGAUGGUGAAGGAAAUGUGCAAGAAGCCACUGAAGCCCAUAAUAAUAAUAAUAAUGAAGUGACGCAACAUGGUAAUUCAUCAGAUCCCAAAGCCGAAUCCCCAGACUUAAACUAUGAUGAUGUUAAACCUGGCUUGGAGAUUUGCAUAGUUACAGAGGAGGAGACUGUAAGAACAAUGCCUAUCCCUGACCAAGAUCACCAGGAUUGUCCUACCUUAACAAAACCUCCCUGCCCAAACUUAGUAGGUGAUAUGUAUGUCAAUACUUCAUGUAGAGAUUUGACCAAAUCUAUCAAAAUGGCAAAGGAAGCCUGUAGGACUGAUAGGAAAGCAGUCUCCCAAAUCCCAAGAAAUGAGCUUUCUUUUCUAGCAUCUAACUGGGAGAGUUUACAAGGAAUGAUGAAAUCUGUUCCUGUUGGUGAUAUUGGACUUCGUCGUCAUUUGUCAUAUGAGCACUCUACAAGAAGCCUUCACAGUAAGCAUGGAAGACAUACGACUGGUUCAUAUGUAUCUAGGGAUGCAGCAAAGAUCCCUUACAACUUCCCUGCCUCAAUGCACUGUUCUGGCCCCUCACUGAAAAGCUACAGAGGGUUGAUAGCUUCUCACAACAGGCCUCUUCACUCUGGUCGAUUCUUACCUUUGGUCUGCCCUUCUCCCACACCUCUCCUAUAUCAAGAUGACGAUGGUUUACCCAUUCCUAAUGAUGUCGUGCAACAACGGUUAAGACAGAUGGAAGCUAGUUAUAAGCAAGAGGUUGACCUGCUGCGAAGGCAGGUGUGGGAACUGCAGCUCCAGCUGGAAAUUCGACAGUAUUGCGCUCCACCUCCCGAACCUGAGGCCGAUUAUGAAGAUGAUUUUACCUGUGUAAAAGAGUCAGACAGCAGCGAUAUAGAUGACCUGUAUUCUGAUAAAAGUGAAGACCGACUUUCAGAGACCAGUUGGGAACCAGUGGAUAAGAAGGAUACUGAGGUCACAAGAUGGGUUCCUGAUCACAUGGCUUCUCAUUGCUUUAAUUGUGACUCUGAAUUCUGGUUGGCCAAACGAAGGCAUCACUGCAGGAACUGUGGAAAUGUCUUUUGCGCUGGCUGCUGUCACCUGAAGCUUCCAAUUCCAGACCAACAGCUCUACGAUCCUGUUCUGGUCUGCAAUACUUGUUAUGACCACAUCCAAGUCAGCCGAGCCCGGGAACUCAUGUCCCAGCAGUUAAAGAAACCCCUAGCAGCAGCGUCAAGCUGAGUGCCGACUAACAUCCGGCUAUUAAACUCCUUCUUUAGUUCCUUGCGGCCAAGAUGAAUACUUAAGACAAACGGCGUGACUACUACUAUGUAAACAUGUCCGUGAACGCCUCCUUUGGUUGUAAGCACCACACCGGCUUACCUUAGCAUUACCAUUCUGCACCAGGACAGGGUUGUUCCCCAUGUAAAGUGUAGGAUUUGCGAUGGUCCUUUUAGGGCUUUAUGAAACAGAAGGUUUUGGUAUUUGAUUUCUCUUGGCAUGGUCAGAAGAGCCCAGAGAAGAACAUAUAUAUAUAUAUAAUUUUUUUUUAUUUUAUUUUUAUUUUGUGCCCCUGCUGCCUUUUAUCUGGAGUAAAGUGAAAAUGUGGUUAGAAUGAUCUGGAUUGGGCCCUUUCCACCGUAAUAUGCAGGGUUUACAUGUAAAUACUAGGGUCAGAGAGUGCAACAAAACUGUGAAUUGUAACCCUUUUUCUUGGUGGAGGAGUGUGCUGCAAAUGGGAGUUGGCCUCUUGCUGCUAAGGGUUGAAUUGAGUUCCUCUCUCUAUUUAUAUGUCUUCAUCUUUUGGGCAAUUAUACCCUAUACUGAUAUUUCAUUGAUGUCUGUAGACCUUUUACUUUUUCUUUGUCUUUUUUUUUAUCUUUGUCUCUUGUUAAUGCCACCUUAUGUUCGAAUCCUUUAAAACUUGAUUCCUGCUUUGUUAAAGAGGACCUGUCUGAUUUGAAAAGGCUGUGCAAUUUGCAGGCAGCAUGUUAGAGAGCAGGAGGAGCUGAGCACAUUGAUAGAUAGUUUUAUCAGGAAAGAUUGUCAUUUAUUCAUUCAAAUCUCCGUAGCCAAAUGAGCCGACUUAUCAGUUAUUGACGGCUAUCUCUGUAUACACAGAAAGGCGAUCAGUCACUGCUAAGUCCGCUCUCAUGGUCUACUGAGCUCAGAAAGAGCAGAGAUUUUAAAGUAUAAAGUGCAAGUUUUGCUGAAUCUUUUCCUGCUCAGCUCCCCCUGCUGUAUAACAUUCUGCCUUCAGAUUUCACUGCAUUUCAUGGUGACAGCUCCUCUUUAAAGCAUCUCCUUUAGGUCUUGGCUAUUCUCUGGUUUCCGUCUGAGGGGCUUCAC